UUUAGCGUUUUCAGAGAUAAGAUAGGGGAUGUCCAUACAGAGAUAAGACAAUUUUCAGAUUACUGAUUAGAGAGAAUUUUAGCGAGCUGUUAUUGAAUACAAGAAUUUUCAGAAUACAACCCUGGCCUGGUUAAUGUUAUAUUGCUCCGGCUCAUUCUGCAUUUUCUGAUCCUUUUCUCUUUCCAUUGAUCCAAAUUUUGCAGGUGCUGGACCAUCAGCAUCUGUUUUAACAGAUGUUGACAAUCAGGUACUCUCAAUUAUUGGAGAGGAGACCCCUGUCAUUGCAGGCAUCAAGGAUGCCCCAAAUUCGUUGAUGUCAACAAACAGUUCAUCUGACAUGGGUCCAAAUUCUGUUGAUGGGGACAGCCAUGCGUCAACAUCUCGCUUGUCCAUGAAGUCUGGGUUUCAUACAGCACCAAAGCGAGCACCAAAGAGGACAGCGGACAAUCUCUAUGAGAUUUACCUGGAAAAGGAGAUUGAAAGAGUAGCGCUAAGUUCCAAGAAGCUGCGUGAAGAAAUGAGCAAAAUCGCCCUUGAGAAAGAGUUGAUUGCUUUGAAAAUUCAAAAAUUGAAGAAAGAAAUUGAUUGCCCAGUCAAACAGGAAGUUUUUGAUCUUACUUCUUGGCCUGAAAUGUAGUUGCUUUGAAUAUAUACAUGUAGAUACAGGUUGUUUUCCAGUGAAUUUCACUAAUUAAGUAGCUCAUCCCUUCUUAAUGUUUAACAAUAUUUUGUAAAAACAUUUAAAAGCAUGCCGUCAUGAAUAUUCAUUAGGUGGAGUGACAAUGUCAUGUCCCAGCUUUCCUUUUUCUUAUGUUAUUACAUGAAAUCAUAAUCCCAUAUUUUCAUACAGGUGUGCAUAAUAUGUCUCCCUUGUAAUAAAAUAAGUUGCAGCAAUGAAUAUCUUAUGCAUUAA